GGAGAGGAGAGAUUGGGCGUAGAAAUUUCAAUUUCAAUUUCAAUUUGAUUUGAUUUGCGAAGGGAAGGGAAGGAAGGAAGGAAGUGUUGGAUUGGAUGAAUGAGUGAAACUGUAAAAGUGGAGUCUCGGGACGGAAGGAUGACGAUCACUAUGCAGUCGACGCCGGGAAGCUCAGGGUACUUAGAUUUGUAUCCUGAGCGUAAGAUGUCCUUCUUCAAGAAUCCUUACAUUCUCGGUCUCGCUGCUGUCGCUGGCAUCGGUGGUCUCCUCUUUGGCUACGACACUGGUGUCAUAUCAGGAGCCCUUCUAUAUAUUAAAGAUGAUUUCGAAGAAGUUAGAAACAGUAGUUUUCUACAGGAAACAAUUGUCAGCAUGGCAAUUGCUGGUGCCAUUGUUGGAGCAGCAGUAGGUGGUUGGAUUAACGAUGCUUAUGGACGAAAGAAGGCCACACUCUUGGCUGAUGUGAUCUUUGCUCUCGGAGCGAUUCUCAUGGCUGCUGCACCGGAUCCUUAUGUUCUCAUAGUGGGACGUCUUUUGGUUGGUUUGGGUGUCGGCGUAGCUUCUGUUACUGCUCCUGUGUAUAUUGCAGAAGCAUCGCCAUCUGAAAUAAGGGGGUCAUUAGUGAGCACAAAUGUGCUCAUGAUAACUGGUGGACAGUUUAUUUCCUAUCUUGUGAACCUUGCUUUUACAGGGGUUCCUGGGACAUGGCGAUGGAUGCUUGGUGUUUCAGGCGUGCCAGCAAUUGUUCAGUUUAUUCUCAUGUUCUUCCUGCCUGAAUCCCCAAGAUGGCUUUUUAUAAAGAAUAGGAAAAAUGAAGCUGUUGAUGUGCUUUCCAAGAUCUAUGACUUAUCUCGCUUAGAGGACGAAGUUGAUUUCCUAACUGCUCAAUCAGAGCAAGAGCGCCAAAGAAGGAGCAAAAUCAAAUUCUGGCAUGUUUUUAAAUCAAAAGAAAUCAUGCUGGCAUUCCUUGUUGGAGGCGGACUUCUGUUUUUUCAGCAGUUUACAGGUAUAAACACAGUGAUGUAUUACAGCCCAACUAUUGUCCAAAUGGCUGGCUUCGAGGCUAAUCAGUUGGCUCUUCUACUGUCCCUCAUAGUUGCCGGCAUGAAUGCUGCCGGAACAAUUCUAGGCAUUUACCUAAUCGACUUUGCAGGGCGGAAAAAAUUGGCCCUUUCUAGCUUAGGAGGAGUAAUUGCAUCCCUGAUCAUCUUGUCCGUGGCAUUUUAUAAGAAAUCAUCAUCUUCGGAUGAAUUGUAUGGAUGGCUUGCAAUUAUAGGCUUAGCAUUGUAUAUUGGUUUUUUCUCGCCAGGAAUGGGGCCUGUACCGUGGACUGUGAACUCAGAGAUAUAUCCCGAAGAAUAUCGAGGUAUCUGUGGGGGCAUGUCAGCUACUGUGUGUUGGAUUUCGAAUUUGAUUGUUUCAGAGUCCUUUCUUUCAAUUGCUGAUAGUAUAGGGGUUGCUUCUACUUUCUUGAUUCUUGCUGUUAUAGCUGUGGUUGCAUUUCUAUUUGUGCUUCUGUAUGUUCCUGAAACCAAAGGAUUGACAUUUGAUGAAGUGGAAGUAAUAUGGAGGGAGAGAGCUUGGGGCAAGAACCCAAACACACACAACCUUCUUGAGCACGGAAGUCAAUCCUAGGGUGCCAGCCUGUUGGCUUUAUUUGAUACAUCAUCACGUUGCAUAUCUAAAGUACAUUCCAUGUAUGCAUCUUAUGACUUUAUAUUAUAUUUUAUAUAUAUAUAUAUAUAUUCACA